AUGAGUUCAUUUUCCGUAAUGUGUGUCUUGGGAUUAAUAUUUAUGAUGGUGGGGAAUCAUGUUGUAUAUGCACAAGACUCACCAGCAGAUUACGUGAACGCCCACAAUGCAGCAAGAUCGCAGGUUGGUGUUCGGAAUAUUGUUUGGGACAACACAGUCGCUGCUUUUGCACAAAACUAUGCUAAUCAACGUAAAGAUUGUCGACUGAUCCACUCGGGUGGUGGUGGUCGUUACGGGGAGAAUCUCGCGAUGAGCACCGGAGGCUUGAGUGGCACAGACGCUGUGAGGUUGUGGGUUGAUGAGAAACGCGACUAUAAUUAUAAUAGUAAUUCAUGUGCUAAUGGUAAAGUGUGUGGCCAUUAUACUCAAGUUGUUUGGAGAAACUCAGCUCGUCUUGGAUGUGCGAAAGUUAGAUGUAAUAAUGGAGGAACAUUCGUUACUUGCAACUAUGAUCCACCUGGUAACUAUGUUGGCCAGAAGCCAUACUAA